UCUACUAGCUAGUCCACUAGCUUCUUCUUCUUCUUUCUUUUUAGUGGAUAAAUCUCUCUAACCUUACUCGAAGACAAAAUAAUUAUUCUCCAUCUCUGUAAGAUUUCUUGAAAUGUAUAUAUGAGAUCUUUAACGUAGAGAAAGCUUAAGGACCUGGAGAAAAUUUACCAAACUUUGUCUUCUUCAACGUAUGAGUUCUUGAAAAUGUUCUCUGUUUUUGAAGAUCUUUAACGUAGAGGAAGAGAAAUGGCUCAUUCAUGGGAACAAUUAGGAGAUUUUGCGUCAGUAGCUCAGCUUACAGGCGUAGACGCCGUGAAACUGAUUGGAAUGAUAGUGAGCGCAGCGAAUACGGCUCGAAUGCACAAGAAGAACUGUCGUCAGUUCGCUCAGCAUCUUAAGCUCAUUGGUAAUUUGCUGGAGCAGCUUAGGAUCUCUGAGAUGAAGCAAUAUUCAGAGAUUCUUGAGCCCCUUGAAGGGCUUGAAGAUGCUCUUAGAAGAUCUUACAUUUUAGUUAAUAGUUGUCAAGAAAAGAGUUAUCUUUACUUGUUGGCUAUGGGAUGGAACAUUGUUUACCAGUUUCGUAAAGCUCAAGACGAGAUUGAUCGCUAUCUUAAGAUCAUUCCACUCAUCACUUUGGUGGACAACGUUCGCAUUCGGGAGAGGUUAGAAGUUAUAGAUUGUGAUCAGCGUGAGUACACUCUUGAUGAAGAGGAUUGGAAGGAUCAAGAUGUUAUUUUGAAACAAGUAUCCACUAGAGAAGCUGCUAAAUCAGUUUUAAAGAAGACUCUCUCUCGUUCUUACCCGAACAUGGGGUUCUGCCAAGCGCUCAAGAGAGAGGAGGAGAAACUGCAAUACGAGUUGCAACGUUCACGGGCGCGUUAUGAUGUUGAUGAAUGUGAAGUCAUACAACGUUUGAUUGAUGUUACACAAACCGCUGCUUCUGCUGAUGAUACUGAUCCUGAAAAGGUUAAAUCUAGUAAAGAAGACCUUACCUCUAGCCAGAAGAAAGAUGAUUUGUAUGAAACCGAUAGUGAUAUUCGAACAACUUCAAGAUCAACGUCUUAUGUUUCAUCGGGACAUGAUCUUCUUUCAAGAAAAUCAUCGCAACACCGUGAGGAAUGGCACACUGACUUGUUGGAUUGUUGUUCAGAACCUUGUCUAAGCUUGAAGACAUUCUUUUUCCCUUGUUGUACAUUGGCAAAGAUCUCUACUGUGGCAACUGGUAGACAAAUCUCUUCAGCUAAAGCUUGUAAUCAGCUAAUGGUAUAUUCUUUGAUACUCUCAUGUUGCUGCUACACUUGCUGCAUAAGGAAGAAGCUUCGAAAGACACUGAACAUAAAGGGAGGGUCCAUUGACGACUUCUUGUCACAUCUAAUGUGUUGUUGUUGUGCCCUUGUCCAAGAACUGAGAGAAGUCAAGAUCCGUGGCGCUAACUCGCACGCAGGUACAGAGAAGGAUAUGAAGGAAAUGAGUCCACCAACACCUCAGUUCAUGGAAGAAUGAAGUGCUUGUCCAACACGGAACAUAAUUGGGGUUUUCUUGAUUAAACGAAUCUUCUAAUUUUAUUGGUUACAACUUACAACUUGACAUCAUGAUUUAAUGUAAAUUUGUAUAUUGAUUGGGAACAACCGAACAAUAUAGAGAUUUCAGAACGUUCUCCAUAUACU